GCGGGACGCCGAGCCCAGGGCGGGGCCCACUGCGCGGUUGCGCGCACCGCGUCUGCGCGGGCCGAGGGCGGCGGCUCGUGUCUUCGUAGGCACCGUCCGCCCCUCCGCGCAGGCGGCGAGGCCGCGGAACUCAGGGCAGAAAGGCGGCUGAGGAAUGGAGGGAAAAAUGAAACAUUAAAAGCGGCAGCUAUGUGGCAGAUCCUAAGAGAACUAUGGCAACACCAGGUGACUGCACCAGAAGUGAACCGCAGCAGGAGGGACAAGAACCUGUUGGGCAUGGUGAAGAAGAACAUCUCCAGGAGGGUCUGCACCCCGAGGAGUUUGUGGCCAUCGCAGACUAUUCUGCCACCGAUGAGACGCAGCUCAGUUUUUUGAGAGGAGAAAAAAUUCUCAUCCUGAGACAAACUACUGCUGAUUGGUGGUGGGGUGAGCGUGCAGGCUGCUGUGGGUACAUCCCAGCGAACCACCUGGGGAAGCACCUGGAGGAGUGUGACCCUGAGGACACGUGGCAGGAUGAAGAGUAUUUCGGCAGCUAUGGAACCCUGAAACUUCACUUGGAGAUGUUGGCAGACCAGCCACGAACAACUAAAUAUCACAACGUCAUCCUGCAGAAUAAAGAAUCCCUGAAGGAUAAAGUGAUUCUGGAUGUCGGCUGUGGAACUGGGAUCAUCAGCCUCUUCUGUGCACAUUACGCGCAGCCCAGAGCAGUGUAUGCGGUGGAGGCCAGUGAGAUGGCCCAACACACGGGGCAGCUGGUCAUGCAGAAUGGCUUUGCUGACAUCAUCACCGUGUUCCAGCAAAAGGUGGAGGAUGUGGUGCUGCCAGAGAAGGUGGAUGUGCUGGUGUCUGAGUGGAUGGGGACCUGCCUGCUGUUCGAGUUCAUGAUUGAGUCCAUCCUGUAUGCCCGGGACACGUGGCUGAAAGAGGAUGGGGUCAUCUGGCCGACCACAGCCGCGCUGCACCUCGUGCCCUGCAGUGCGGACAGGGACUACCGCAGCAAGGUCCUCUUCUGGGACAACGCCUACGAGUUCAACCUCAGUGCCCUCAAAUCUUUAGCAAUUAAGGAGUUUUUUUCGAAGCCCAAGUAUAACCACAUUUUGAAACCAGAAGACUGUCUCUCUGAACCAUGCACUAUAUUGCAGCUGGACAUGAGAACUGUGCAGAUCGCUGAUCUAGAGACAAUGAAAGGUGAGCUGUGCUUUGAUAUCAAGAAAGCUGGCACCUUGCAUGGAUUCACAGCCUGGUUCAGUGUCUGGUUUCAGAACCUGGAGGAGGACGAGCCGCAACUGGUGCUGAGCACGGGACCGUUCCACCCCACCACCCACUGGAAGCAAGUGCUGUUCAUGAUGGACGAGCCUGUCUCCGUCCAGACGGGAGAUGUGGUCACAGGCUCAGUUGUGUUGCAGAGAAACCCAGUGUGGAGGAGACAUAUGUCCGUCGCUCUGAGUUGGUCUGUUGCUUCCAGGCAAGACCCCACUUCACAGAAAGUUGGAGAAAAAGUCUUUCCAAUCUGGAGAUGACAGUUGAAGUUCUGUUUGGGAAGCAGUGUGCAUAUAGCAGAGGAGUGAAUGUGAGUGAAUGAAGACGCAGCUGAUGCGAAUGCACGUUCUUGUGAAAGCCCGUGAACUCUUACUUGCCUGAAAGGUGGUAACACCCUUAUCUGUGGGCUUGGGGCCAUUGUGAGGGUCCUUCCCCAGACAAAUGUAUGUGGGCUCAGCAGGAACUGCCCUCACCACUGUCACUGCCCAGGUCUCUCCUCUAGAGGUAGGCUGUGUUUCCAGGUGUCCACCAGUGGUGUCCACAGUGCCGACCUGUGGGUAAGUUGGUGGCACAGUGUUCCUAAGCUAGUUUAGUUCUAAACUCGUGGGACACACACAUCAACCUUGUACUCCUGUGAAAGUGACUGUUCAUGCAUCUUGUGUUAAUGGUUCCUUACUGCCCUUGCUUCAUCCACUCAACAUGCGGAAUGUGGGGUUGUACAAAGCCUUGCAGGACCUAGAGGUGGCAGUGCAUGCGAUGGGACUGCAUGGGAUAGUACAGUUAUAGAGAUGUCUUCCAGAUAAAUUAUGUGUUGGAUAUAGUACAUGCUCAAUAAAUAUUUUUUAAUGAA